CUUUUAAACCCUAAACUGUAAGGCGUUGCUCGCUCUCUCGCUGGUUCGUCUAUUUUCUGCGGCCGCCUCUACAACAAUUCCAGCGCUCGAAGAUGAAGUUCAAUAUCGCGAAUCCGACGACUGGAUGCCAGAAGAAGCUCGAAAUCGAUGAUGACCAGAAACUCCGUGCUUUUUUUGACAAGAGGAUCUCUCAGGAGGUCAGUGGAGAUUCCCUCGGAGAGGAAUUCAAGGGCUACGUUUUCAAGAUUAUGGGAGGCUGUGACAAGCAGGGAUUCCCAAUGAAACAGGGAGUUUUGACCCCUGGCCGUGUUCGUCUCUUGCUACACAGAGGUACCCCUUGUUUCCGUGGUUAUGGAAGGCGUAAUGGAGAACGCAGGAGGAAGUCUGUGCGUGGAUGCAUUGUCAGUCAGGACCUUUCUGUUCUGAACCUGGUUAUUGUGAAGAAGGGAGAUAAUGAUCUUCCUGGCUUGACAGACACUGAGAAACCUAGAAUGAGGGGUCCAAAAAGAGCAUCCAAGAUCCGCAAGCUUUUCAAUCUGUCAAAGGAGGAUGAUGUUCGAAAGUAUGUUAACACAUACCGUAGAUCAUUCACCACAAAAGCUGGCAAAAAGGUUAGCAAGGCUCCCAAGAUUCAGAGGUUGGUUACCCCACUGACCUUGCAGAGGAAGCGUGGAAGAAUUGCUGAGAAGAAGAAGAGAAUUGCGAAGGCCAAGUCUGAGGCUGCUGAGUAUCAGAAGCUCCUGGCCUCAAGGUUGAAGGAACAAAGAGAACGUCGCAGUGAGAGUUUGGCUAAGAAGAGGUCCAGGCUCUCCACUGCUUCAAAGCCGUCCAUUGCUGCUUAGUUCGUUCGCAUUAUUUAUGUGGUCAGGGUUCUGUUAUCUUUCAUAUUUGCCAUCUUGUUUUGCUUUUAAAAGGAUCCACUUUUUGAGGCUGCUUGCAUGACAUCUCGAAUGUUUUGAUAUUUUUGUUUCCUAAUUGACAGUUAUUUCUAGACAUACUUUCAUAUUUUGAUGAUAUGAUAGUUGAGAGGAAUUUUGAAA